GGGGCUCUGAGGAGGCGGGAACCCCGAGCUCGGGCCAAGACGGCAGACUAGGGAGCGGGUCCCAGUGGGGAGGCCAGGGAGGAAACCGGGAGUCCAAGCUGGGCCUGGUAAUUCUGAGGAGGGAACCGGAGCCGAGCCCACUGCAACCAGACACUUGGAUCUGACUCUUCCCUUUUCCAUAAGAAGGGCUCAAAAGAGAAGGUUCAUCUCUUGCAAAUCUCAAAGCCAUGCCUCAGGAUGAACUAGAGUCUGCCCUUGCAGGGAUCAGUGUCAUUCAAGGAUGUGACUGUGGACUUCACCCAGGAGGAGUGGCAGCAGCUGGAUCCUGCUCAGAAGACCCUCUACAGAGAUGUCAUGUUGGAAAAUUAUUGCCACCUCAUCUCUGUUGGGUUUCACAUGACUAAGCCUGAUAUGAUCCGUAAGUUGGAACAAGGAGAAGAACUAUGGACAACAGAGAGAAUUUUUCCAAGUCAGAGCUACCUUGAAGAAGAUGGGAAAGCUGAAGAUGUUUUAGUGAAGUUCAAAGAAUACCAAGACAGGCAUUCUAGAUCAGUCAUAUUCAACCACAAAAGACUAAUUAAGGAAAGAAGUAAUAUGUUUGGGAAAACACUUACUAUAGGCAAGAACUGUAUUAUUUCAGAAACAGCACUAUGUGAAUAUAAGCCUGAUGGAAAGGUUUUUAAAAAUAUUUCAGAAUUAGUCAGUAGAAAUAUAAGCCCUGGAAGAGAGAAGUUUGGUGAGAGUAAUGGAUGGGAGAAAUCACUCCUCAAUUCUAAGAAUGAGAAAAUUCAUACUACAGUGAAUCUCUAUAAACAAACAGAAAGGAGUGUGAGUGGUAAACAAGAGCUUAUUCAACAUCAGAAGGAUCAAACUCCAGAGCAAUCAUUAGAUCAUAAUGAAUGUGAAAAAUCCUUCCUUAUGAAAGGAAUGUUAUUUACACAUACUAGGGCUCACAGAGGAGAAAAAUCCCUUGAAUACAAUAAAGAUGGAAUAGCCCUAAUUGAAAAGUCAAAUCUCAGUGUCCAUUCACAAACUCUUAUUGAGAAGAAACCCCAUACAUACAGCAAAUAUGGGAAGUUCCUCUGCAGGAAGUCCAUUUUUAUCAUGCAUCAGAGAUCUCAAACAGAAGAGAAACCCUUUCAGUGUCCUUACUGUGGGAACAGCUUUAGAAGGAAGUCAUAUCUCAUUGAACAUCAACGAAUUCACACAGGUGAGAAACCUUACGUUUGCAAUCAAUGUGGAAAAGCCUUCCGUCAAAAAACAGCCCUCACUCUUCAUGAGAAAACACAUAUAGAGGGGAAACCCUAUAUCUGUAUGGAUUGUGGGAAGUCCUUCCGCCAGAAGGCAACUCUCACUAGACAUCACAAAACACAUACAGGGGAGAAAGCCUAUGAAUGUACUCAGUGUGGAAGUGCUUUUAGAAAGAAGUCAUACCUCAUUGAUCAUCAGAGAACUCACACAGGAGAGAAACCAUAUCAAUGUAAUGAAUGUGGGAAGGCAUUUAUCCAGAAGACAACCCUCACUGUACAUCAGAGAACUCACACAGGAGAGAAACCCUAUAUUUGCAAUGAAUGUGGGAAGUCCUUCUGCCAAAAGACAACCCUCACUCUCCAUCAAAGAAUUCAUACAGGGGAAAAACCCUACAUUUGUAAUGAAUGUGGGAAGUCCUUCCGCCAGAAGGCAAUCCUCACUGUUCAUCAGAGGAUACAUACAGGAGAGAAAUCCAAUGGAUGUCCUCAGUGUGGGAAAGCCUUUAGUAGGAAAUCAAACCUCAUUCGCCACCAGAAAACUCACACAGGAGAGAAACCAUAUGAAUGUAAAGAAUGUGGGAAGUUCUUCAGUUGUAAGUCAAACCUCAUUGUACAUCAGAAAACUCACAAGGUAGAAACCAUGGGAAUUCAGUAAAGGAUACGACUUUUUUGUCAAACCUUAAAGUAAUAGUAAACUUUAAAUAAAAUAGUACAUGGUGUUGCUUGCAACUAUAUUGGUAUAUAACAGUUUAAGGUACUAUACCACAUAUUUGCCUAUUGUUUGUGAGCCUAUAAAACACAAAAAGAAUGACUAAUGACAAAAGUCAUUGAAAAUACAACCCUAAAUUUUUUAUUAUUAGAUUCACCAGGCAUAAACUUCCUCUGUCAAGUUUCUACAAACAUUUAAAAUUGCUUAUUUUCAAUUUCAGUACAUAUAUUCUUGUGACCCAGUAAUAAACAGUUCUGCCAGUGGUCCAUGGACCACACUGUGAUCAGAAGUGUUUUAAAAGAAAGGAAGUGUGAACUGUAUUUCUCAUUGCAAAUAUGAAGUAAAAAUUAGUUGUUACUUCCUCAAAAUUUACCACAGUUAUGACUUCUAACAUCAUAAAUUAGGUUUUGCAUAUUAUGAACCUUUAUAUAAAUUGGAUUAUACAUCAUGUAUUCUCUUUAUAUAAAUUGGAUUAUACAUCAUAUAUUGUGUAUAUGGCUUGUUUCAUUCCUCAUUAUGUCUCUAAAACUCAUCAUUAGCGCAUGUGGCAGAAGUUCAUUUAUUUCCAUUCUAUAUAGAAUUCCAUCAUAUGAUUAAAUUACAGUUUAUCCAACUACUGCUGUGGAUUUUUUCAUUGUUUACAGCUUAGGAUCAUAAUAAAUAGUGCUUCUGUGAACAUA